GGACAAACUAUCAUUAUUUCCAAGUCGACCUCGAGGCUUUGCGACACACGUCUUGAGCGACUCCGAUUUUAAUUCUUAUGAAUCUUCUUUGGAUUCUCGUCACUCAUUUGCACUCAACUUUGGCUCCAUAGAGUCCGCCUUUCCUUUUCUUCACUCGAUGCCUCUUUCCCCCUCCACCAACAAGCAUGGACGGUGAUCCCAAGGUUGAGUCGCAGCUCGACUCGUUUAGCUUGACCUUUCCCCUACCCUAUCGCAUAGGGUUCAUCAUUGUUCUCGCCGUCUGGGGCUGGGGUGUCAACCUCCACUACCUGCACAAAGUCAAGAUCGAUGUGCCCUCCCUGAUUCGAUAUCCCUCGCGAUCCUCUCCGACACAACCGGCGCAUCACCUCUCGACGUACCGCCUCGCGACCGUACUUUCGACGGUUUUCUUACUUUCGAUAUCGACAUUCUGGGUCUUCUCCCGUCGAACCCCCGCCCUCGUAAUCGAAUAUGACUGGCUACCGAUGACCUACCUGGUCGCCCUUGCGGCCCUCUUCUUCGUCCCGAUCCGCAACUUUUCGCAGGGCGGGCGAUCACGAUUCCUCGCUACGCUGCGACGCGUCAGCAUCGGAGGCAUAGCAGAAGCCAAGGAUGGAAAAUUCGGAGACAUCCUGCUCGCCGAUGUAUUGACGAGUUACUCCAAGAUCCUAGGGGAUCUCUACGUGGUGCUGUGCAUGUUCUUCACGCCGUCCGGGUCUUCGACCGCGCGACCAGACCGGAACUGCGGAGGAACAGUGAUCGUGCCGCUCAUCAUGGCAGUGCCGUUCGCCAUACGAUUCAGGCAGUGCAUCAUUGAGUAUUUCCGAGUCGCAAGAGCGCCUUACAAGGAGUCAGUCGGUUGGGGCGGUCAGCAUCUGGCCAACGCCACCAAAUACGCCACGGCCUUCCCCGUUAUCAUCUUCAGCGCACUGCAGCGAAGCGUUCCGGCUGAUCAGCCAGCACCUGGUUUGAACAGAGCAUGGCUGGUGGCAGUGCUGGUAAACUCCCUCUACUCGUGGUACUGGGAUGUUGCCAAGGAUUGGGACCUGACGCUAUUCUCGUCGGCGCGCGAGCGCAACAACCCGGAACACCCCUUCGGACUUCGCCGACGUCUUGUUUUCCAGCAGCCUGUUAUCUACUACGGCGUGAUCGGGAUGGACUUGAUGCUGCGGUGUACCUGGUCGCUCAAGCUGAACGCGCACUUGGACAAGUUUACCGACUUUGAGAGCUCCAUCUUCUUGUUGCAGUCCCUCGAGGUUUUCAGACGCUGGGUAUGGAUAUUCUUCCGGGUUGAAACAGAGUGGCUGCGGAACAACACGUCGGGGCUUGCGGUGGACGAUAUUUUGCUGGGGGACUACCAAGGCAAGUAUGACUCUGAUGAAGACUAGGAGCUACGCCAGCUUCCUUGAUGAGAUAGACCUUGUAAUGUACGUGUGUGACUAUAGGUGCCUGGAGUUAUUGGUCUAGAAGGGUGCGGAUCUGAAUAGAAUCCCUUGACCUGGGCUUAGAUUUCUGUAUCAACGAAU